UAGUCGAACGGCUUUUAUUGUUCGGAGCCGAGCUGAUGUCGUUCGAGAGAGAAAGAAAAACUCAAGGUUAUUUCUUUGUUUUCUAUCGCGCAGAGUUGUUAGAUUCGAGCAUUUUUGAGUAUGUAACAGAUUUUUGGUGGGAUCAGACGAGUUUCAUUUGGUGUUCUCUUGACAGUGAAAAAUAAAGCUAUGGAACAAUUAUCGAGAGCUGACUAUGCUCGGUUAAGUGCAACCGAAAGGAAACUACUUGAAGAACACGGCAGAGAUUCGAGUAGGGUUUCUGUUAGCGAUGACGAAGACUGGAUUCCAGCAAAAAGAGCUAGACAUCAAAAUCAACAAGAUAAUUCAGUGAGUGACGAACCAGAAGAUUCUGAAGAUACAGAAGAAAUCGCAGAAGAUAAUUCAGCAGUAGAAGAAGAAGUUGAGAGUAGCGAGAGUGAGGAUGAUGACAAUGAAGUAGAAACAGCUGCGCCUAAAGCUCAAGAACCAUCUGGGAGUUUUAUUGCCAAAGAUAAAACAGUGUGGAACAAAACUCCACCAACUCAGCACAGACUGUUGCUCAUAAUGUUCUACGCCAGCGGAGUGGGCCUCAUCGCACUACGGAAACGUUGUCAAUUAGCGAGACUUUCAAAAAAAAUUUUACCUACGAAAUGGUUGAUAUAAUCGUCCACCACACUAAUAAAAAAGCUGAAACACUUUUUCAAGAGUACAAUGCUAACCAUACAAACUCACAUCAUCAAUGGAAGCCCGUUACGAUACCCGAAAUUUAUUCGUUCUUCGAUAUCUUGAUUUGUGCUGGAGCAAAUAAUUCGAAACGACAGAACGUCGUCAAUUUAUGUGCAAACUUAGUGAAGAACUAGCAUUGCCGAUGAUUGAACAUCGCACGGCGAAUCCACAAGUAAUGCGCCACUUCUCAACAAAGAUUGCCAUUGAAAGUGUAGGCCAUAUACUGACAGAAACAGUCGUGAUAAAUCCUGGUCCAGAGAUUCCAAAAGUUAAAACCGGCUAGAGAUUAAGCUUAUUUAAAAAAAAAUAAAUAAAAAUCGAUUAAAAGAA